ACAAAGACAGAGAAUUAAUGAAAACCAAAACAAAUGUGGGUUAGGUUAACUUUUUGUUUGGGCCCCAGUUUUUUCAUUCCAUUUUUAUUAAAUUUAGUAAUUUGCGUUUGAAAUUAUUUCAUUUAUGAACGAGCCUCCCAAAUAGCAAGUGAGACAAUAAAAAAAAAUGGCAGUUUUACCACCUGAUCCAGUAUUCUGCUACAAGGAAGAUAUGGGGCAAAUCCACAGUUUGAAUUUUUGCGUUCGGGGAGAAAAUUUUGUAUCUCAUCUAUUAGCUGGAACCGAAAAAGGAGGCGUUUAUUUUUGGGAUUUAGAGACCAAUCGUUUGCACCACAAACAGGCAAUGGGUAAAUCCAUCCAGGCAAUACACACAUUUGACUACAAAGUUUUGACUCAAGAGAAAGAAGGCUCCGUGAAGCUCUGGUCUGUAAGAAAAAGUUCCUAUGAAGUAGAGAAAGAGACGACGUGUGGUAUAGGUUUUUGUAAAAGUAUUUUAAUAAACGAAGCACUGAUUGUACCUCAGGAAAAUAGUUGUGUAGAUGUUUUACAAGUAACUGACCUGACCAAAAUAAAACAGCUCAAUCCAGGGAGAGAGAAUCUAGGACAAGUUAUGGCUUUGCAAAAAGUUACCAUUGGAAAUAGUUGUUGUGUUAUGGCUGCUUACGAAACAGGUGAUGUUGUAUUAUGGGAUCUGAACACAUUCCAGCCUUGUGGGCAUAUCAAACUCCAAGAACAUCUUACCUCACUAACUUUUGACCCUUAUACCUUGCGUGCCGUGUGUGGAGCGGCAUCUAACAUGCUGCAAGUGUUCACCAUAGACUCCUGCUACCAAAUGGCAUUGAAGGCAGAAGUUUCCAUCACAAAUGAAGGAUGUAAUAUCGUUAAACUGCGACCUGACGGCAAAGUUUUGGUAUCCGGCGGAUGGGACGGACGCCUAAGAGUAUUUUCUUGGAGAACGUUGAGGAUAUUGGCAGUCUUGGCGGAGCACAAAAACACCAUAAUGGAUAUCCAGUAUUCUCCUCAUCCCGUAAACUACUGGAAGUCCAAUAUCAUGGCCGCAUGCGGGGGAGAUGGAGUUAUAAGUCUGUGGAAUUUGUACAACUGAAAGCUGUGUUAAACGUCUAAAAUAUAUUGAAAAUGUUCAGUUGGACUACUUUUCGUGCCAAAUUGUGAAAAUUUGUAAGUUUCCUAUGUGUUGCAGUUCACUUACUGUUAAAAUUUGUCUUGUUUAAUCAGAGAUGUUCACUAAAUCAGUACAAUCUUGAAAUAAGGUCUCUAAUUUGUGGCACAAGCCUGGAAUAUUUGUUUAAAAUGUUAUAGUCAUGCAAAGCUUCUAUUGUUAUCAAAACGUAUUUUUGUAAAAGCGGAACGACUUGUAUUUUUUGUUAGGUAUUUUUUUGCUUUCUGUAAGCAUGAAAGCAGAAGAUUACAAAUCUCUCACAGUUCGAAGGUGUAAUAUUCUCUUCGUUUCAGUCUGGCCUACCCACGACAAGAUUGUUAAUAUAUUAAUAUCCAAAACUUGGCAGCUUGAUUCAAACAAAAAAGAAAAAAUUACAAGAACGAAAAAGAGGGGUAUUUGUGUUAAGUAUAAAUCCUACAUACAAAUCUAUAACUUUGAAUGCAAAUAUCGGUCCCCUGGUCAAAAAAAAUGUACCGUAGGGUAUCUUUUUUGCAGAUCUACCAUGAAAGGCAGCACUAACGUGUCUAGAACUACGAGAUCGAUGUCACACAUUUUCUAAAAAUCCUUUUGGUAUAUAGGAGUCGACUCCAAUAAUAAGCUCUGUACGCUUAUUUUUGGUAUAUUCUAGAAAUUUCUCUAAGUUAGUCCCUUGAAGUUGUUCUGUAGAAUCAGUGGGAAGGCAAAGAGACGCAGUAAUCAUCUCUAUAACCAACCCAUUACAGUUCAGUUUAAUUCUGGCAGCUGUGUUGCCUCCCCUAUCCGCUGUGAGCUCGUAGGUAGAGGGGAUAUUUAAGAGUUCUGGAUAUUUAAGACUUUAGGUACUGCCAUAGGUACUGAUACUAGCCAUCGAUUACAAUCUAAUUACUUGUUUGCGUUGUUAUUAUUCGCAAUACUUUUCUCAUUAAAUUUCGAACCGAAAUUGCACUAUAGUUCAGAGAAAUAAGGAAAAAAAAUAUCGUGUUGGUGACACAUCCCCCUCCAGGCUGAAACCAAAUUUUUCGAGUAAUAUGGUCAUCUAUAAUAAUAACCUAUAUGUUUCCUGCAGCCGAUUUUGAUGAUAUACAUAGU